UUCUCUUCAACAAUCCAACGCUCUCUCCUCCUGACUUCAUCUCUUUCUCUUCAAGAAACUCUCCCUCUCUCGGAUAAACAGCCAUGGCAAUGUCACCUAAUCUCUACGUCGGCAAUCUUCACCCAGACACCACCGAGGACGACCUCAGGGAUGCAUUUUCUUCGGUCGGCCCAUUGGAUUCCGUUCUCAUCCUCCCUCUCACUCACAAAUCUCUUUGUUACGCUUUUGUCAGCUUCUUUGAUCUCUCUCAGGCUUUGAUGGCUGUGACACACCUGAACCAUAAACACGUGAGAGGAAAGCCGAUGAGGAUCAUGUGGUGGCAAAGAUAUCCAAAUAUGAUAUCAAAAUCCGGAAUCGGGAAUGUUUUUGUUAAAAACCUUCCUCCUUCUGUAACCAGCGAUCAAUUGGAGAGGAAAUUUAGUGGAUUUGGUACUAUACUCUCUUGCAAAGUUGCAGAGGAUGAAAAUGGGAUGAGCAAAUGUUUUGGCUUUGUUCAGUUUGAUUCACAGCUCUCUGCCACUUCUGCUAUCACUCAUCUCCAUGGAACUGUCUUUAAAGGGAAGACGCUAUAUGUGUCCACAUUUAAGAAGAAAGAACUAAGAGCUUCAAAUCUGUAUGUGGGGAACCUAAGUGAGUCUAUCAGUGAAACGAAGUUGGAAGAAAUAUUUGGAAUUCAUGGAGAAGUGGUUUCAGUGAAAAUCAUUCGCCGUGGUGGAAUCAAAGUGUUUGGCUUUGUAAAGUUCUCAAGAGCAGAAAAUGCGAAGGCAGCUAUGGAUUCGCUUCAUGGGACUGCUGUUGAUGGAAAGCCUAUGCAUGUGGCCUUGGCAUGUUCCAGGAAACCAAACAGGCCACAUCAAAUUUUCACUUCACCAUGCAACAACUCACUUUACGAUAUCCCUACUUACUCAAUGCCUGUGCCUAUUGAGUACUUCAAUCAUUACCAGCCUUCAGUCUGCCAACUCUGUGCCACACAACUCAGUACAUAUGAAUGGCAGUUGCCUAUGAGAUCUCCUCCGGGUAUUGCUUUACCCCCUCCAGAAGCUAGCUUGGGACUCGGAAUAUUGACGUAGUUAGGACCCACAAGGAGAUUAAUCAGGACUACUGUUUGAUUUGGAAGCAAACGACUUUGUCAAGUCGGCGUUUUAGAAAGAUCAACUAGCCAAGUACUAUCACUUGUUUCAGCCAAUAAUCAUCAUUUCCACAACACUUUGUAUAUAACGAAUUCUACUCGCCUAUUAGUAUAUGCUGAUUUGUGUUCUUCGUAUAAAUAUGUUGAGGCUA